AUGUCCGUUGAAAUAAAUUUCACUUUAAAUAUGCCUUUUCCUAAUAAAAUAACUCCAUCGGAUAUAUUAUUAGUGUCAGAGAAUGAUGAAGAUAUUAACAACAAUACCUCAGCAAUAUUUAAAUUUUAUCCCUCCAACAAUUUGCCAUUUUCAGAAAGAAAUAAAGAAGAAAAGUCUAAAAAAUCUUUUAAUGAAAAAGAAAAGGAAGAGACAAAACAAAGAAAAGAAGAAGAUAAUUAUUUAUUUAACAGUAAAACACUAAAACCAAAAAUUAAAAUAAAAAAAAUUCAAAAACAAAAUUCGGAUCCAAUUCCUGCUUCACACCGAAUAGAAACAUCAAUCUUUGAAAAGAAUAAAACAAAAGGGAGUAUAAAAAGAAUAUUAAUACCAACACCCUGGAGAAAUAUUCUUUUGAAAGAACUAUUGGAAAAGGCAAAAAAUGAUUUUAAAUACAAAUGGGAAAAUGUAAAGACAGUGAGAUAUUUUUUUAAAAUAUUUUUAAAAAAGUUUUGA